AUGAACCCGCUCCGCAACGCGAAGCGGUCAUUGGGGCCCUAUGAUCCCCUGCCCGGCGGCAACAGCUACGAUUCCGAAGACGACAUCGAAAAGCGCCGCUCCUUCGACAGCCUCGAGUACCAGGACUCCGAAGCCUCCACCCCCAUAUAUGCCUCCCGCGUCGCCAGCAUGCAGGGCACCACCACCUCUGCGCAGUUCCACCGGAACCGCUCCGACUCGCGCGCCCGCAAGGCCUCAAUGUCGGUCCACCAACAAACCAACUUCAACUCGUCCUCGUACCCCUACUCGCCUCGCGUCAGUCGCCGCCGCUUCAGCCGCUGGUUUGCCCUCGCCCUCGGCAGCACCGUCAUACUGUUCAUCAUCUGGCUGAGCGCCAUGGGCCGCCGGAGCCACAUUGCCGUCGAGACGGGCGAGGCCGUGAGCAAAGAGCCUCCGCCGCCCGCGCCCUGGGAGUCGUUCCCCUUCCUGACCCGCUACCACGGCGGCAUCCGCACCCUCGUGUCGCGCGCCGAGAACCAGCCCGAAUAUCCCGGAGAAGGCUUCAACGCCUCCGAGCUGCUGGGCGCGCGCAACGAGGACGGCGACCUGUUGAAGCGUAGCGAGACGGGCGGCGACGGCUGGAGCUACGAGGACGAGCGUGCCAAGGACCACGGCCUCCCGCCCAUGCAGGUCUUCAACCCUUACCCGAGCUACAAGUCGGCCGAGUACAAGGACAAGUACGGCGCUGAGGUCGUGCCGUGUUUUCUGGACGAGAAGCGAUCGGAGCGCGUCCCCGUGAUGCGCGUCUAUCCCGGCAUCGUGAACGGCACCCCGGAGAACGUCAUGGGGUCUUACGAGAUUUUCAACCUCCGCGACGACGUCUGCUUCGAGCGCUUCGGGCGCCUGGGACCGUACGGGAUGGGGUACAGCCGCAAGUACGGCGGCAGUGGUGCUGGAAUGGAGGGUGAUCGCGAAGGUGCUGAGCAGGUCUGGCAGGACGAUGACCAGGUCGAUUUCAGAAACGUCAGGUGGGCCGCUGUUCAGAACCGUUGCGCCCAGGACAACGAGCACCGUUUCAAGCCCCGAGGAACGCCGAUAGGUAACGGUCUUAGCCAUUUCUACUUCGACGGCUACGCAGAGCAAAAAACUGAGGAUGUGCCAGAGAAGAAGGUCGAAGCCAGGGAACCGCAGAUGGACGACCCCGCCCCGCCAGUGCCUCAUGGAAACGAUGAAGGUGCAACGCGUUUCAAGCCAGUUGAUACUUCUGCAGGGUCAAAGUCCACCGUCGAAAAGUCCGGGAAGGGUUCCGACUCCGAGGAUAGCGAGGGAACGCCGUUCAGACUGGUCGAUAGCUCUUCGCAAACAUCUGGUAGCUCGACGGGAAAGAAAAAGCAAGCCAAGAAGCUGCUGCCGCGCACUGCCGUCAUCAUCCGGACAUGGCACGAUUACAAUUACGACGACGAGGACCUGUUCUAUCUGCGUGCCAUCAUCACGGAGCUUGCUGUCAACUCGGGCGGCGAGUAUGAAGUCCAUUUCCUGAUCCACUUCAAGGACAACGACACUCCAAUCUGGUCUGACGAGGAGACCUACCAGCGCGUACUCAACGACUCGCUGCCCGAAGAGUUCCGUGGUAUGGGAACGCUCUGGACCGAGCGCCAAAUGAGUCUCGUCUAUGGUGGCCUGGCUGAGAGCAACUACCGCGAUCUUCCCGUGUAUGGUGCAUACCGCUCUAGUUUCUUGCCUGUGCAGCAUUUCGCCCACAUGCAUCCUGAGUACGAUUUCUUCUGGCACUGGGAGAUGGAUGUCCGGUACACGGGCCACUUUUACCAUCUGUUCUCCAAGGUAUCAGAAUGGGCCAAGCAGCAGCCUCGUAAGGGUCUCUGGGAGCGCAACUCUCGCUUCUAUGUCCCGCACGAGCAUGGCUCCUGGGACGACUUCAAGCACAUGGUCCGCGUCCAGACCGAACACGGCACAGCUUCAAAGAGCAACAUUUGGUCCGAGAUGGCCAAGGACGACCCCAACGUCCCAGACGACAUCAAAGCGCAGGCCGUCCAGAAGCCGGAGAAACUCAUCUGGGGCCCCGAGGCGUCGCCGGACGACGAGAUGGACACGGAGAACGACCCCGAGGCCCCCGACAUCGCCAAGGACAAGUACGAAUGGGGCGUGGGCGAGGAGGCGGACCUGAUCACCUUCAACCCCAUGUUCGACCCGGACCGCACCAACUGGAUCCUGGCCGACGACGUGACGGGCUACAACACGACGGAGCGCAAGCCGCCGCGGCGCACGGCCAUCAUCACGGCGGGCCGGCUCUCGAAGCGCCUCCUGACCGCCAUGCACCGCGAGACGUCGCUGCGCAAGCGCACCAUGUUCUCGGAGAUGUGGCCGCCCUCGUGCGCCCUGCACCACGGCCUGAAAGCCGUGUACGCGCCCCACCCCGUCUUCAUCGACCGCCGCUGGCCCACCGACUACCUCGCCGCCAUCAUGAACAACGGCCGCAACGGCGCCGCCGGCGGCGCCCGCCUGUCCGUCUUCUCCGACGAGCGCCAGCACAACUUCCGCGGCACGUCGUGGUACUACAAUUCGGGCUUCGCGCCGAACCUGUGGACGAGGUGGCUGGGCUACGUCGUCGACAACGACGGCGGCGAGGCCGAGGAGGUGUGGGGCGAGGGCAGGAUGUGCUUGCCGGCCAUGCUGUUGCAUCCGGUCAAGCAGGUGGAUCUGGUGUUUGAGCACGAGGGCUGA